AUCUGGUCCCUCUCCUAGAGUGAAUUUAAAUUCAAACAAAUCUCAGCCUAGGGACUUGCAAAUUAAUAAAGACUACGUAAUUAGUAUAUUUUGGGCAUUUUACUGAAUCGUUUGUUAGUGCAGUUCCCUAGUAGGCUAGGAUUUCCUCGUCGUGGCUUUUAUUAUAGAGGAAGCCACAGGUCCACUAGCUGUCAUAUUACUGCCAUAAAGUGUAGUACAGAGUGCAUUUACUCUCGGGAGCCUACGACAAUUGAUGGUCACGGCCAGCAUGCAACCACCACACAGUAGAGAAAAAAAUUAUCUUAUCUUGUUUUUUAUCUUUAAACUAUACUGAUUUUUUCAAAAAAUAAAUAGAGUAUUUGUAAAUAGCUUUUUUAAUACCGUCGGUGAGUAAACGGAUAUGUGUUUCGGUUCGGUUCGGCAUAUGACAACCGCAUUAUGCUCGACUCAUCUCUCAACUUUAGGCUGCGGAGGAGAGGCUGCACCUUGGUUGUAGUUUUAGGUGUUAUUAAUCUCUUAGUGGCUUUAUUUUAUUUCAUGGGUUACUCGAAUGGGUUGUCACCAAACCAACAACUACAGACACAGACGCGAAUUGAAACGGAUUUUAUUACCGUGACACUUCCACCGGAAGAUAUUGGACAUCACGACCUUAAUAAUAACAGCGUAGUAACAUUGCAAACUCCGAAGCUUCACGAUAUACAUUUACCCAAUACAACUACUACAACAACUACUAACACUACUACUACUACUACUACAACUUCGUGGAAAAAGUUAGAAAAAUGUCCUGAUCCGUCUCCACAUCUUGUUGGGCCUCUCAGGYUUGAGUUCUCUACGCCUGUCAGCUUGGACACAGUGAGGAAGGAGAACCCAGGUCUGCAGGAAGGAGGUCGCUACAAACCACAUGACUGUGUCGCCCUCCAGAAGGUUGCUCUAAUCAUCCCCUUCCGUCAUCGUGACGAGCACCUCAAGUUCUGGCUCUACUACCUCCAUCCCAUCCUUCAGCGCCAACAGCUGGACUAUGGUGUCUACGUCAUCAAUCAGGAUGGAGACAACACYUUCAACAGGGCCAAGCUGAUGAACAUUGGCUAUGCUGAGGCCCUGAAAGAGUAUGACUACGACUGCUUUGUGUUCAGUGACGUGGACCUCAUCCCCAUGYAUGACCGCAACACCUACAAAUGCUUCAGCCAGCCCAGACACCUGUCUGUCUCCAUGGACAAGUUUGGCUUCAAGUUGCCCUAUAACCAGUUCUUUGGCGGUGUCUCAGCGUUAAGUAAGGAGCAGUUCCUGAAAAUCAAUGGCUUUCCCAACAGCUACUGGGGCUGGGGUGGUGAAGAUGAUGACAUUUUCAACAGGGUGAGCUCCAGAGGAAUGUCCAUCUCUCGUCCAGAUAGCGAGGUCGGAAAAUGCCGGAUGAUCCGUCACGAAAGAGACAAACUGAACGACCCAAAUCCUCAGAGGUUUGACAGAAUACAACGCACGAGACUGACGAUGAAUACCGAUGGGAUCAGCUCUCUCAAGUACGAAGUCAUCAAAGUGGAAAAGGAUCCUCUGUUCACGAAAAUCACAGUAGAUGUGGGGAAACCUUAGUGAAAGUGGAUAAAUGUGAGGAGUUAUUUUGCACAUCACUUAUCACAAGGUGGCGGGCAGUGAAAGCACGGCAGAACCAUGGAAUACAAUACUGAGAAUGCUCUGAACGCGGGCAUUUAUUGUGGAAACAAAUGGACAGCACUUGGACGAAUAAGAUGGCACAACAAGACCUUGUYAAUAUCAGAGUGGAUCAAAAUGUUUGGUCAACAUGUUUGAUGGCAGUACAAAAGGSAGAGUGKGUGGGACGAAUAACUUAUUUUGUASAUKAUUUGUAWUGAGUUGCCUGUGUGUAAUUCUGUACGGGACAACUACUUGAUUUAAAUGCGUAUAUAAGUUUCAUAAAUAUGUAUAUAGUUAAUACAUAUUUUAUACAUUG